AUGAAGGAGAACAUAAAUGAGCGACGUAAACCCGGUGUCGUGCUUUCACUAUGGUCCGGAGCCUGUGCUGGAGCAGUUGCCAAGACCAUAAUUGCCCCAUUGGACCGUACAAAAAUCUAUUUUCAAGUUUCUAGCACACGAGGCUAUUCGUUCAAAUCAGCCAUCAAAUUCAUUAAGCUGACAUUCAAAGAAAAUGGAUUUUUCGCAUUAUUCCGCGGAAAUUCGGCGACAAUGGCUCGUGUCGUCCCCUAUGCGUCCAUACAAUUCACAGCAUUCGAGCAAUUCAAAACUCUGCUCAGUGUCGAUGAGAAUGGAACCAGAACGCCGUUGAGAAGGUAUUUGGUGGGCUCACUAGCCGCCACCACAGCAACCCUUAUCACAUAUCCGCUGGAUACGGCAAAAGCUCGACUAUCAGUAUCAACGAAAUCGCAAUAUCACUCGUUGCGUGCCGUUUUCGUCAAAAUGUACAAAGAAGGCGGAAUUCGAUUAUUAUAUCGCGGGAUAAACCCAACAAUUCUUGGUGUAAUUCCCUAUGCGGGAACGUCAUUCUUCACCUACGAGACCCUAAAAAUACUGUAUCGCGAGAGGACCCAUGAACGGGAAACGUCGAUGUGGCGAAUGCUUUUUGGAAUGAUUGCCGGCCUCAUCGGACAGUCGUCGUCGUACCCGUUGGAUAUUGUGAGACGGCGAAUGCAGACGGGACGGAUACCGCAUGGAUGGGGACCAUUGAGGGCGCUGGUUCAUAUUUAUCAGACAGAAGGCCUCAAACGCGGUCUUUAUAAAGGCCUGAGUAUGAAUUGGGUGAAGGGUCCGAUCGCCGUCGGUGUCUCGUUUACAACAUAUGAGCGGGUAAAUCUCAUCAAAAAAGGCGAUGUCAUAUGGGUCCCGUAUCGAAAAUGUCCAAUGUGGCCCGCAUUGGUACAAAAUGUAUAUCCGAAAAAAGCGGCCUAUGCAUUGUGCACAACAGAUGUUCCGGCGCCGGAUUCGGAUUCCGAACUGAAGGAAGCUUUUGCUGCUGCGUGCCAGUUUUUGAGGCAGCGAGGCGCUACUAGAGGAUCCGUUAUUCGAGGGAAAUAUGAAGGCGGCAGCGGAUCGCCGACGGCGACGAAUGAGAAUCAGAACCAAUUAAUAACGAAAAAACGGAAAAGCUCGCGAGAUGAGUUUGUUGGGCUCAAACGCGACGGCGGAGAAUGCUCGUCGAGCUCAGCAGAUCAUAAUCGACGAAUGUCGAGCUCAUCGAAAGAAUCGUGGGUGUCGCCGGUAAAAAUGGCGGGCGUCAGCCCUUCAACUUCUAGUCAAUCAUCGGUUUAUCGCGCGAAAUCGAUUCCAGUUCGAAAUGAGAAAAUUUCGAAAGAUCUCACUAAAAUUAUCAAAGAAUGUGUGGAAUCCGAAUUUGAAAUAUUAUGGAAUGGGCAGCAAGUGAAAGCGUACAAAAAACCGAGAUAUGAUCACAUCAAUAUUAAUUUCCGGAAUAAUGUUUUAUUAGUUGACGAAGACCUCGAUUAUGUGAUCAACAAACUUGUUGAGAUGGUCCAAAAACGCGAUGCGAGCUUCUCAUUCAUUCACUCACUUCAUAUUACUUGUACAGUAUUGCUUCCUCAAAUAAUUGUCAUAUCAUAUUCGAAGUAUAAAUCCAUUCCGUAUGAGCAGGCGCUUCGAGUUUGUAUACGACCCAAAAUAAAGCCGAAUAGCACGAAUUCGCAACAAAAUGGUGGACUUGAGGAAUUGUGCCGUAUCGCGUGCGAACUCGCUCCCCAAUGA